UUUGUUAAGGAGGGAGAAACCACUUUGGCACGUGCAGCGUUCAGUUUAUCACGUAGACGUCAAACCCUGCCCCCCAAUGAGCGGUGAGAGGACACUGUGUUCAUCUCAGCGAAAUUGAAAGGAGAGGCAGCUGAGAAGAGGAAGAGGAAGAAGAAGAAGUCCUCUUUAGUGUUUUACUUGAUGAUAAAUAAGGCAGUAGGAUAUUUUCCUCACGCUCCGUGAUCAGAAUCAAACUCGUACUUUGCCUCGCGCUUGGUUUGGGUACACGUGCAGCUUGUUUUAUUGGUCCAGAGCUGGUACAGUUGGCUUCUGACGCAGUCGGAGCACCUAUCCACGCGGGGGCAUACUGACACCUGACGGCUCCAUCACUUGACUCGCCGGUCUUUCCUCUCACGACUACUUCGGCUCUGCAGUGCAGGGACUGCUGCAUUUUAUGGAAGCAGAGCCUGUGCACACGGUCGUCAUCAUGCUGCCUCCAAAGAACUGCCUGCCGAGGAACUACAGCUGCAUAGCUGGACUCUUCGGGAGCCUGGCAGCGGCCAAUACGAGGCUGGAAGAUGGGGAUGAUUUUGACCUGAUGAAUGGUACUUGUGAGCCCAUCGAGAACCCCGUUGUGGAUGAGAGACCCCGGGGCAGAGAGAUCUUCCUGAAGCCUCCACAGAGCCCAAACCUGCGGCGGAGAUGCAAGUCUCUCCCCACGCCCACCGGUAGAGCGAAGUUGGAGAUCUCCCGCAGCAGGAGUCCAACCAGCCAGAAAAAGGUCCGGUUCGCUGACUCCUUGGGCUUAGAGCUCAUCACGGUGAAGCAUUUCGAUGAGGUCGAUGAGCCAGAGGUGCCGGAGCGCAUUUUGGCCAAAAUUCCCAAAGGACCCCUCCACCUUAACCAUAUGGACACAAAGUUCCCCCGGGCUCCUUCACACUCUGUGUUCAUGGAGCUUCAGUUCACCAACCCAGGCACACUGCCCGGCUUUGAGCAGAAAGUGCGGGAGGUGAAAGUGUUGCUGGAGUGCGUAGAGGCGGAUGAAUUCAGCCUGUCUGGCUUUGUGCGCGUGCUGAAUCUGGCUUUUGAGAAGAGCGUCUCUCUGCGCUAUUCUCUCAACAACUGGAUAACAUUUAUGGACAGCCUGGCUUCAUAUGUGCCCAGUUCGAGCGACGGUGUCACUGAUAAGUUCUGUUUCAAGAUAGUCAUGCCCACCUCCUUUGAUGAUGGGGGCACGCUGCAGUUUGCCAUUAAAUACUGUGUCGGGGGGCAAGAAUUUUGGGACAACAAUAACGGGAACAACUACAAAGUGCGGCGUCACCGGUACAAAAUGUCCCCACCAAGGGAGUGGGAGAAUGGAUGGAUUCACUUUAUCUGAGCUUUGAUAGCUGCAGCGGCAGAAAUGUGCGUAAUUUACGCGUAACUGUUCCCCGGGUACCUUAAAUAUGACUGUAGGCUGUGUAAGAUGAUUUUUUUGUUCUGCCAUUGUCAGCUACAGUGAAAAUGACUUCCUUCUGUAAUUUCAAUAUUUGCCCCCCUGUGGUCAUAGAUUGAGUAUUUGGGACCACUACAAAAGCCUUUAACGGGUGCCCGGUGUGGGAUGCUGUUAGAUAAUUUGCCUUGAUGUCAGGGCUCUGUACAGCUGGGUGCCCUUUGGGAGGGCAUGUUCAUGUUAUGUAAUGUAGAAGCACGUGCAACUGAAAACGUGCCGGGCAAUGCCGACAUCAAGCAUCACUGCACCUUUCAGGAGAUGCUGAUCAUUUAUUUGGUGGCAUGAAGAUUCAUAGAACAUCAGUUUCUUUUGCAUGCGUGAAACAAAAUCUCAACGGGGAAGCAGAAAAUAUCUGAUCUUGGCCAGGUGAACUUAUUGCAGCACCCUCCUUUGUGGUCUUGUGCAGGCUUUGGGGGAGGGUUCACACAUCUGCAGGUUAUUUAAUCAGAAAUUCAAUGUCUAAUUUCCCACUGAUAUGCCACUAAAAGAUGCCUUAUUAUAAGACUUGAUGUGGGGAAUUGUUCAUUGAAUGUUGUAUCAUAUUUUCUCAUACUUGAACGGCUUAAAUUUGGUAGAUAGUCUUCGAGUUAGCCCGUUAGACACUUAUGAGCAGUGUCUCAACACCUGUAGACUUCCAAUGCAGAGACAUAGCAUUUAGACUAAAAAUACCUUUAUGUCCUAUUUUUGCAACUUUUCAACAGCCAUUGCAUAUUUUUUGCUGCAAUGUUGUAAUAAAGGUUAUCUCAAUUUCUCAAUCAAGGAGGCCUCACCAAAGUCUGACAACACUGAGCUUAAACUUCCCUAACUUGCCAUUACAAAAGCCAAGCUUGAUAAAAAUGGGCUUCAACUCUCUAAUGUUGACCUUUGACUUCCUUAGAGGACAUUCAUUUAGUAGCAGUUUAGCCCGAUCACAUUACCUCAGAUUCCUCGUGGACUUUUGCUCUUCUCCUUCAGGUCAAUUGUUACAGAACAGAUUUUAUUUUCACAGUGAUUUUUUCUAAGCAUUAUUGUACAUUUACAGAUUCAAUACACAAACCUUUUUUAAUUCUAAUGUUCCUUAAUGCACUUGUUUUUUUUUGGACAUGAAGCAUUGUCAACAGACAAAGUAGCGAUUACACCACCAACUGUUACCUGCUCUCUACUGCUGUAGGGUGCGGGAAAAUAUCCUCAUUAACCACUGUGCAAGAAUAGAGCUGCCCCUCGCAUCCUACAUGACCGAAAUGGUUCAGACUGCCCCAUUGGCAGACUUUUCAGUUCUUAAUAGUAAACUGUCUUCAGAUCACUUUUUAAUACCGCUAGCCUUGAUGUUACAUAACCAGUCUAUCUUCUGCAAACUACAGCUGAUGUUGCAUCCAUAGUUUUAAAUCAAUUCACUGACCAGUAGGCCUCCUGCCACAGAUCAUUUAUAACAUGUACUCAGGCUUGCAUGUCAUCGACAGACAAGUGUAAUGAAAUGCAAAUAUCCACAGUGCUUUUAAAUAAUUGUCUGAUAAAAGCAAUGUUUGUGGGCAUGCAGAAAGUUCAGCUUCAGUUCAGUGAGAAGAGGAAGGUCAGUUAGGGUGCUUUUCAUUCAAGCACUCUGACUGUAAUCUGAACAUCACUAUGUCCUUUGUUUACAUCACAGAGGCCUCAGAGUGGAGCUCUUAAGGAGGCAAGCAAGUUGGGAAGUGGAAAAAGACUAUUCCUGUAACCACUUAGUGUUUGGAAAACGUCAGUGAUGGUAGUUUCCUACAUAGUUUCACUUGGAACUUAGAUGUCGUACCUGAAAUUGUUGUGGAAGUUUUACUAAAGAGAGGGAUGGUGAGAGCACUGGGUUGAUAUUUCGUUCUGUACUUUGAGCUUUUUUCAUGUACAAAGCUGCAUCUCUUUUAUCUAUUUUUAACACACUGUGGUAGUGUAAAUGGUCCAGCCAUGGCAGAGCUUACUGUGUUAUCUUGUCUGCUUUGGUCUGUAAUACUUAAUAGGGGUAUUAAUGCUGUGCAAUACCAGAUAGCAUUAAUUAUAAAACCAGAGACCACUAAUGCAAGUAUACAGAGAUGCAUCAACACCAACCAGUUUGUGCAAUUACAUAUGAUUUUAUUUUAAUGUGAAGAUCUGGCUCGCUCAAUAAGAUCUUUUAAAAAUGUGCAAUCUUAGAUUACUAACCUGAGUGCAUCCAUAUAUGACAUUUUUGUUAGAAUUUCUGAGAAGAAAAUGAGUUUUUAGUGUUAAAUUAUGCAGGUUUUGGCCUGGUGUCUGCUGUUGGUCUUGGUGCAUCCCUGCCAUAAAGGAUUUGAAGGGCUUUUGGUCUCAGUAGAUGCUCAUCUGAGUGUGACAUAACAUUUUUUUUGCAUCAGAACUCACUGAUAUUUAGAUGUGUAUGUAAAUGUGUAAAUGUUUCAUAUUGAAUGUCUAUUGUUAUUGUUGUAUGUUGUGUGUACUUUAAGCAUCUGAGAAGCUGUGUUAAGAUGGUAAAAGUUUGUUUUUGAGGGGCCUGUGAAGCUAAAAGAGCCUAAUAGUAAUGACGUCCUGAAGCACACUUAUUAUUUGAUCAAGUAACUAAGAUGACUGAAAUCCUGGUGUUGAAUUGGUGUUAUGACUCAAUGAGAUCAUUUGUGAUCUAACAAUGUUUUGUAUAGAGAAGUGAAAAUGUGGGGAGUUUCCCCCGAAACAUGUCCCAAAAUGUGACUAGUGCACCUAAACAAAAUGACUACAUUUGAAAUCCUAUGUGCACAACGAUGUGUGCACUGCCUUAUCAAAAUGUGAGUUUACUGAGAGACAUGCAAAGCUGGACAAUGGCAAGUGCUUGUUUGUACAAAGAUACUGCACAAGGAUGAAAACAUGCACACAAGGAAGGAUCUUAUCAAAAUGAUUGAAGUGGGAUGCACUAUGCUGUUUGAAAAUGUUAGAAUUGAUUGACCUAUGAUUGUAGCGGACUCAGUCACAGAAGGUCUAAUGCACUUUGAUUGAAGAUAAAGUAAGGGACGGGGUUGUAAGUCCUUUCGAUGUAAAGAAGGUUUCUCCUGUGAAUAGCUACUAACCAAGAUGCUUCCCAUCCUUUGUGCUAUGUUCUUUCUCUUUUCUCUCACAGUGGAAAGCCUAAGCCACUUUUGUCUUAUUUAUAACCAUUGUAAGGCACUGAAAUUAAUUCUGUUUUAAUUUUGUUCGUUUUCAUAGAAAAGCCUUAUUCCUGUUUUAACAUCUGUGGCAAACUGUGUAAUAAUCUGUACUAUUGCUGUCUAUUUUCCUUGGUUAUUCUGCAAUGAAUGAACCAUAUUUGCAUGUACAGCUCUGACAUACCUUUACUUUUGUGUUUAGUUUUUGAUGUAACCUCUAUUUUGUUUAAACAAUGGUUAAUAAAAGCAUUUGUGAUGGAAAACAAAUCCUCUACACGUACUUUAAGAUGAAAAUGACCUGCACCACAGACCCAUAUAACUUUUGCAAAACAGUAC